AUGACUAGUCAAUAUAUAAGAGAAUAAACAGAAUAAUAACUUUUCAAAUAGAUUAAGGAUUUCUUUAAUGAAAUUUAUCAAAUCAAAAAAAAUCAAAUAUAAAACCCUUUAGAAGUAUUAAAUAUUCUGAAAAACAUUUUUUCUAAUUAAACCAAUUAACUAAAUUUAUUCCUAGAUUUAUCGGAAAAAGAAUUAAACAAAUUUGCUUAAAUUCUUUAAAUUAAAUUAAUAUUUAUCUAACCAUAAAAAUUAUAAAGAGAAUUUGGUUCUUAGAUUUUCUAGAUUGCUAAAAUAAUUAUAGAAAAAAAUGAAUAAACUUAAAAAUUUUCUUAUAUAUUUGGGUUGUAAAGUUUGUAUAAAUAAAAUAUGAUCAUUUCUUAGCCUAUUUAAAAAGAUACUAAUAAAGGAUUUAGUACACCCAAUUAAUUCACAAUUCCUUAGAAUAUUAAAUCCAAUACUAGUUAAUAAAUAUAACCAUAGAAUAAUUAAAAAUUCAGUACAAACAAUUAAAUAUAACCAAAAUUCAAUACUAACAAUUAAAUAUAACCAGAGAAUAAUUAAAAAUUCAGUACAAACAAUUAAAUAUAACCAAAAUUCAAUACUAACAAUUAAAUAUAACCAGAGAAUAAUUAAAAAUUCAGUACAAACAAUUAAAUAUAACCAAAAUUCAAUACUAACAAUUAAAUAUAACCAGAGAAUAAUUAAAAAUUCAGUACAAACAAUUAAAUAUAACCAAAAUUCAAUACUAACAAUUAAAUAUAACCAGAGAAUAAUUAAAAAUUCAGUACAAACAAUUAAAUAUAACCAAAAUUCAAUACUAACAAUUAAAUAUAACCAGAGAAUAAUUAAAAAUUCAGUACAAACAAUUAAAUAUAACCAAAAUUCAAUACUAACAAUUAAAUAUAACCAGAGAAUAAUUAAAAAUUCAGUACAAACAAUUAAAUAUAACCAAAAUUCAAUACUAACAAUUAAAUAUAACCAGAGAAUAAUUAAAAAUUCAGUACAAACAAUUAAAUAUAACCAAAAUUCAAUACUAACAAUUAAAUAUAACCAGAGAAUAAUUAAAAAUUCAGUACAAACAAUUAAAUAUAACCAAAAUUCAAUACUAACAAUUAAAUAUAACCAGAGAAUAAUUAAAAAUUCAGUACAAACAAUUAAAUAUAACCAAAAUUCAAUACUAACAAUUAAAUAUAACCAGAGAAUAAUUAAAAAUUCAGUACAAACAAUUAAAUAUAACCAAAAUUCAAUACUAACAAUUAAAUAUAACCAGAGAAUAAUUAAAAAUUCAGUACAAACAAUUAAAUAUAACCAAAAUUCAAUACUAACAAUUAAAUAUAACCAGAGAAUAAUUAAAAAUUCAGUACAAACAAUUAAAUAUAACCAAAAUUCAAUACUAGCAAUUAAAUAUAACCAGAGAAUAAUUAAAAAUUCAGUACAAACAAUUAAAUAUAACUAAAAUUAAGCACUAGCAAUUAAAUAUAACCAGAGAAUAAUUAAAAAUUCAGUACAAACAAUUAUAUAUAACCAAAAUUCAAUACUAGCAACUAAAUAUAACCAGAGAAUAAUAAAAAAUUCAGCAAUAGCAAUUAAAUAUAACUAAAAUUAAGCACUAGCAAUUAAAUAUAACCAGAGAAUAAAUAACAAUUCAGCACUGGCUAUCAAGCAUCAUCAAAUAUGAACUUCUAACAGUAAGGGCAACCCUUUCCAUAAUUUUAAAAAUCUCAAGCACCAUAAUAAUUAAAUUAGUUUAAUAUUCCAAAUAUUUGUUUAUAGAAUGAUUAAUUAAAUUAUGUUUUGUCAACAAUUUACAUUUCAGAUCAAGUGGAAGAGGAGAUUAAAAAGCCAAAUUUAAAAGUAUUUACAAAUAGCACUAACAAUGUCCAAAAUAAUGUAACAGUUUGUGAAUUAUGUCCUGAAAAAUAAUCUGAAAACUUGAUAAAAUUACCAUGUUGUACUAAAACUGUUCAUAGUUAAUGUGUUGAAAAUGAAUUAGAAAAUUCCAAUGAUUUUUUAUGGGAUUUAAAAUGCUCCUUUUGUAAUUAGAAUUAUAAAAUCAAUUUUUUGAAAGAAAUUUUGGGGAAGAAACUUGAAGAAAAAAUUAAAAAGUAAAUAUCUAAUGAAACAUGUUUUAAUUGUAAAACUUAAAUCACUAUAUUACCUGAAUAAAAAAAUCAAAGUUGUUAAAUAAAUUGUUAGAAUUGCCUUGCUGCCAUUUGUUCUAAAUGCAGAAAAAAAUUUCAUUUAUCAGAUUCUAAAGUAAUAUUUUCUUAUAUAAUAAGUGUGAAGACGAUAGAUAGGAAUUUAUUAAGUCACUUUAAAAAGAUCCAUAACAAAUUGAUUUUUUUUAAUUAUAAGCUAAUUGA